CUAUAUUUUUUUGUUGUCUUUGGCCAGUUUACAUUAAAAAGAAAUAAUGAUAAUAACAAAAUAAAUAAAUUAAAGAAAAAAGCCGCCAUUCCGCAGCCCGCAGCGACAAUUCUCCACUACUGCAUGUCUGCCCGCCUCGGCGCUCUCCCGCCAGACCGCCAUUGUCAGUCGCGCACUGCCACGCUGUCGAAUUACUUUUCAUCGGAGACGCCUGCUAGAUUACGAUUAUGCUUUCCUGGAAGAGGGAAUUGUGUGGGUCCAGAGAGAUAGACGGAGACCAACAGAGAUUCAGUGAAAAGCUUAGAGACCGGGAGAGACUGAAUGGAGAGCUUGACCGGGAAAGACUCAGUGAAGAGCUUGACCAGGAAAGACCCAAUGAAGAGCUUGACCGAGAAAGACUCAAUGAAGAGCUUGACUGGGAAAGACCCAGUGAAGAGCUUGACCGGGAAAGACCUAAUGAAGAGCUUGAAUUCAAUAAGGUAGACACCCUCAUGAUGCAGAUCACCAGAUUAAGCCGUGCUAUGGCUGAAGCCAAUGAGAGUUGCCGUUAUUUUGAGGAACUUAUAUCCAAGAAAGAUAAGGUUGCAGCUGAACUAGAAGCAGAAUUAAAAACUUACUCUACACUCAACAUUUCAAAGAAUCAACAUUUACUUACUAAGGCAAACCUCCAGGCUAGCAUCCAGCGGGUCAGGAAUGAGAUUGAAAGACGAGAAAAGGAAAAUAGAAAAGAAGAAGAAGAAACAGCAGCACUUAUGAAAAGGAUGGAAAUUGUGAAGAAAAGAAUGACAACAAAACUUAAUGAAAUGAAGGAUCACUAUUGCAGUCAGUUUGUGGAUAAAGAAAAGGCUGAACAAAUAAAAAAGAAAAUAGAAAUGAAAGAGAGGAAGAUUGUCUUGACCGCAUACAUAACAGAGCUCAAACAGAAGAGACGGAAGGAGACAGAAUGGAAGAAUUUUGUAGAAGCAGUGAUUAAACUGGUUAAAUGCAAACAAGGGAUUAAAAACGAAUACAACAGUUUUCAGCAGUACGAAGCUUCUAUCCAAAUGCUACAGACAGCAAUUAGGGUCAUGAAACAAGUUGAUUCCUCUCUUAUUUCAAGAAAAGAGGCUGGAAACAUGAAUGAAGUCAUGAAAUGCAAUUCCUCUUUGCUUGCUAAACAGCCUGAUCUCACCACUGUAACAACAAUUGAUGGGGAAUCUGUGAACACAUCUAGCUCUUCAAAUCUGCUUAACCAAGGAUAUGGCACCACUUUUGCAAGAUCUAAUUUCAACACAUCUCUCUCUCUCCUCAAAAUACCACAUUCAAAACUGGGAAAGAAACUUGGUGAUUGUUCCUUAAGUACUAAAAUUUGUAGUGGAGGGCCACUAGAAACCCUUUUCUCCAAAAAUCAUCCUCCAAUUGCUGUUGCCCUUUCCUCUCACCAAGUCCAACACCAGGAGGCCACUCCUGAUUAUCACAAAACUACUUCCUCCCAGGUGAUAGACACCAAUAAUAUGUCACACUCAUCUUCAGUAAAAAGUCAACACUAUGCAAAAGGGAAAACAAUGUGGGAUGGAAGCUCAAAAGACAGAAGUGUCAGCAAAUCCCAAGGGAAUCCUAGAUUUGCAGUGAAACCCAUUUCCUUGUCUCCUGCAAUUGUUUCAUCAACAAAUGCCCAAUCAUUAGAGACUCCUUCUCAUAGAUCCAGAGAUAUGAGUUGUACUUCAACAAUUCCCAAAGCUCUUGAAACCCCUUUGUCAAAAACCAAACUAAGCUUUUCUCCAGAAGUUUGGAAAAAUGUAGGAAUAUCAUCUUUGAAAAUGCCAAAUACUAAGCUUCCUCUUCAAUGGACCAAGGGUACAGAGGCACCUACUUCUAAAGGUUUGGGGCUUUCUCAUUUGAAUGACAGGGGCAUGUCAGGUAAGAGUUUGUUGGCAAGAAGUGAUGGCAUUCCAGUCAUGUCAAGAGUUGUGGGGAUUCCUUCAGUCCCACCUACAAGCUUUGGCAUUUGUUCUGCAUCUUACCAGAAAACUUACCAGAAGUACUCUGGGUAUUCCUUAGACAGCACCAAGCUCUCCAGACUCUCACUGACCAGUAAGUCUGAGACAUGUAAAGAAGCACAACAGAAGUUUCCUGCUUUUUCAGACCUUUCUGAAGAAACUCCGAUCAAGAGAAAGAAAUUUGAUCAAAGUGCAUUGCCUAAGAUAUCUGUGACAUCAGAUGUCUCAGUUGGAGAUGGUCUGCCAGGAUCAUUUGCUAGUACCUUGCCAUCUAACCAGGAGGAAACAACUUCCAGUUCUCAAGUACCACAGCCCAUAGAAGUGGAUGGUAAUGAAUAUAACAAGAUUGAAGAGACAUCUUUACCCACAUCACAAGAAGACAUUAUGAUGACAGAAGAUUCAACUGGAAAUAAAACUCAGUUACAAGACAGUUCCCUUGAGAUGACACAAAAUUUUCAGACUCACAAUGAAGCAGUAAAUGAAAUUUGUUCCUCUCAAUUCAUGAAGUCCUCAAGUGCCAAGAAUACACCACAAACCUCAAAAGACUCUGAACAAAGCAGUACUCCCAUCAUCUCCACACCUAAGAAAGCAUUGGAGAAUAAUCCAGAAAUGGGUUGUACAACUCCUUCUCUAGUGGUUUCAAUAUCCAAUUCUGUUUCCUCACCUCACUCAACUAAUAGUAUACCAAGCAAAUCCUCCUUUCAAUUUUGUAACAAGAAGAGCCUGGAGUACAAAGAGAGUCCAGUAGUCUCAGACAUGCCAAACCAUAGCUCCCAGCAGUUUAGUAGCAGUAACAACCCUAUUGAAGAUAGCAGCUUUCCAUUCUUAUUCCAGAAUAAUUUACAAGCAAAUACUGUGGGAAGUCAGCCAUUCAGUCUGUUUGAAUCCCCAGUAGCAGAAUCUACUGCUCGGUCAACAAGUGGGAAUUCAGGCAGCAACUUUUUCAUGUUCGAAAACACAUCUAACUUACGCCAAGAGAAUACUAACACUGGCCUAUUCAGUUUUAACUUAGGUAGUGAUGGAGAGUCAAGUGACCAUACUUCUGGAUUUCUUUCAUCUCUUUUUGAUAGUUCACCAGGAAACAAUAAUAGUUCAGAUGAAAAUACUGGAUUUUGUCUUUUUUAACAAAAGAGGAUGAUAAAUUCUAUGAAGUACUGGAUAAAAUGCCAUAUUGUAUACUGGAAAAAAAUUCUUGGAUUUGUUUCAACCUGAUAGAAAAAGUUGAUAGAUGCAAAUAGUGAUGGAAUUGAAGUUGAAAUAUUGUUCAAAAUACAUCUUGGAAGCAAAAGAUGUGAUUUAAUGUACUAACAAAAAGUAGUUCAUUAUUGGAAGUGUUUGAUUAAUAGUUUAUUUAGUUUGGGUAUAUUGUGCUAAAAUCAUGUAUCACCAUUAAGUAAGAUUCUAUUAUUGGUGAAUGAAUUAUAAUCAUAUUCAUGUACAUAUACCUGCUUUCAUUUGUGAGCAGGUUUUCAAAAUUGCAAAUAAGUUGAAUUAUGGAUAUUAUCUUUUAUUUUACAAAAACUCAAUCUAUUUGACAAUACUCUGUAGUGGAAUAGGUUUUUUCUUCUCUUUCUUGUUAGAUAUAAUGUUUAUUUUUGUUCACCACAUGGAUCAACAUUACUUUAUUAUAAUUUUCUUGACUGACAUGCACAAAGGGUAAAAACAAAAGAAAUAUGUAUAGACUGAGAAGCAAACUUUAUGUGGACUUUUUAUUACUCUUAUAGGAAGAUUUAUUCUUGUCAUUGACGUUGGAUGUUUUCAAUUAUUAUCAUGUCAGAGUGAGGAAUGGUUAAGGAAUUUAUAUUAGUUUUUGCUCUCUCUCUCUCUCUCUCUCUCUCUCUCUCUCUCUCUCUCUCUCUCUCUCUCUCUCUCUCUCUCUCUCUCUCUCUCUCUCUCUCUCUCUCUCUCUCUCUCUCUCAACACUCAGACAGACUGACAUUUAAAAAGAGGAUAGAUAAGAAUUGAAGUGGAGUACCUGAAUUGUACUUAUUUUACUUAUAGGAACAUUGUCAUCUUAUUAUGCAAUAGACAAGGUAACACUGUGUUGUACUUUCAUUAGAGUUUUAUUAGUUCCUGUAUAAUCAUAUGCUGUAAUCAUUGUAGCUAUAUUUUAUAACUUAGUAUUGAAGGUAACACUGCAUUAUAUCGCUGACAUGUAUCAGCUCCUAAACAGU